UGCUAUACGGAGGAGACGACCUUUGAUCAGCGCAAGUCAAGCAUGUGGACUGUACAUCUGAUCAAAUAAUAAAAUUCCGAGGAAUCCCAAAUAGUUCUUCACUGCAUCCACUUCACUCUGCGAUAGUUUCUCUCUCUUCUUGUGCUGACCAAAAAACAUUGAGAGAGAGAGAGAGAAAAAGAGACACCAAACACCCCAAAGUAUUACUUUAAUUUACGCUGUUUCUGCUUCGAUUUCUCCUUCUCUUGCUCCGUCACCAUGACUCUUUAACAUCCAUUAAACCCGUUUUGUGUUUCCAUUUCCCUUUCUUCACCUCAAAUCAUCAAACCCAAAAGUCCAAAAAAAAAAAAAAAGAAGACCGAAAUUGGUAGGAAAAAAAAAAAGUAUGACUAUAUCACUGCCAGAAGAUUUGCCUGUCGGUGUUGGAUUUCGACCCACAGAUGAAGAGAUCAUGAAUCACUACUUGAAGCUUAAGAUGAUUGGAAAAGACUCCAAGGUCGAUAAUGGCAUCGCCGAGGUCAAUGAUGUCUGCACGUUCGACCCUUGGGAAUUGCCUCCAAAAUCGAAGAUCAAGUCCAAAGAUCAGAUAUGGUGGUUCUUCACUCGCCGAGACCCGGAAAGAAAAACAACCAAAAGGAAGACGAAAACAGGAUCCUGGGGGCUCACAGGCGAAGAAGGACAAAUCAAGGGUCGAGACGGCAGAGUUCUUGGAACGAAGAAGUACGUGGUGUUCUUCAAUGGUCCCAAUCGUGGCCGUCGGAGCAACUGGGUCAUUCGCGAGUACCAUCCCCUUCCCGAGAAUGUCCUUCCUAAACAGGACAUGCACACUGUCUUAUAUGAUAGGCACUAUGUAAUCUGCCGCUUGGAGUACAAAACUGAUGAGAAGGCUGGUCUGACAAGCCGUAACGAGGGUGAACCAAGCUGCAACAUCACAUCUGAGGUCGAAAUAGCACCUUCUGCAAUUUCAGAAGUACAUGGUCAUGCAGAAGGGAAUGCUGAGUCGCCCUCGCAACUAGUUUUCUCACCAGAUGACUUCCUCACUGAGGUGGAAAUGAGUUCAAUCUUCGAAGAUUGCCUCAAUGAUGAUCAAAAGGCCCAGUUCGUACAUGAGAACCAUCCCAACCCAGAAAAUUCCCUGCCUCAUCAGAUGCCCGAUCUUACUUGCUGCUUGGAGAGCAAAACUGAUGAGAACUCUGGUACCCUUGGCUGCAACAUAGGCGAACCAAGCAUCGAAAUCAGAGCUGAAAUUGAAAAUCCAGUAGCACAUGCUGCAAUUUCAGAGGUACCUGGUCAUGGAGAAGGUAAUGCAAAAGUGCUCUCACAACCAGUUCUCUCACCAGAUGACUACCUCACAGCGGAGGAUAUAAGGUCGAUCUUCUCGGACGGCUUCAAUGGUGGUCAAAAGAUCAACUCGGUCAUGCUUGAGCACCAUCCAGAACUAGAUAACAACCUUCCUCAGCAGAUGCCCGAUCUUACUUGCUGCUUGGAGAGCAAAACUGAUGAGAACUCUGGUACCCUAGGCUGCAACAUAGGCGAACCAAGCAUCGAAAUCAGAGCUGAAAUUGAAAAUCCAGUAGCACAUGCUGCAAUUUCAGAGGUACCUGGUCAUGGAGAAGGUAAUGCAAAAGUGCUCUCACCAGAUGACUACCUCACAGCAGAGGAUAUAAGGUCGAUCUUCUCAGAUGGCUUCAAUGGUGGUCAAAAGAUCAACUCGGUCAUGCAUGAGCACCAUCCAGAACUAGAUAGCAACCUUCCUCAGCAGUGGCCCUAUCUUACAUGCUGCUUGGAGAACAAAACGGAUGAGUCUGUUGGUUCUCUGGACUGCAACAUAGGCAGACCAAGCAGCAACAUCACAUCUGAUAUCGAAAAUCAAGUAGCACCUACUGCAAUUCCGGUGGUACAUGGUGACACAGAAGUCAAUGCAGAGUUGCUAUGGCAAACAUUUCUCACACCAGAUCACCACGCCACUGAGAAGGAUAUAAGUUUGAUCCUCUCAAACAGCCUCAGUGAUGACCACCAUAACGAGUGGCAUGCUUUAUGUGGAGCUGCUGAGCCAGAAAUGCCUCCAGCAGAGUUUUUGGAUCGGCGUAAAGCUGAUUCAUAUGAAAACUACUAUGGGGAAAGUGAAACAACAAACGAUCUUUUCAAUAACUUCAUCCAGCCAAAGUCAUUGAAAAGGCCGUAUUUUCCUGACAUUCCAGCUAAUAAUGAUAUGAAUGCUGGAGGAGUCGAUGGACGGGUUAAAAGACCCCGUUCAUUAGCUCUUGGAGAAUGUCUCCAAUAGCUAAUGAACCAGUACAGGAGAAUAUCGUAGGAUUUUUGUAAUAAUGUGCCUCGUACUUGCAUUAUUGCAUGUGCCGCGAUAUUCUCCUGUUGUCAUUUUUUUUUUUUUCUUAGACCUUCCUCUAUCAACCUUCAUAGAAGUCAGAAACUUUGCUAUUUCCUAGCCAGCCAGAACAUACCAAUUCCUACCCCUCAAAGAAAAACCAUCCUUGUCCACAAUAACCAACGAUCAAGCGAACCAUUAGUGUUUGAAUCUAUACCUUGUAUAGCCAGCACUACCAAAAUCAACCUUAUACCGAGAAAACCUUUGAGAUUCUGUCCAAAAUGUUUUCUAGCCUGCCAUCAGAACAAAUUCCAUCCAAUUAGGCCUAUGGGCUAUCCAAAGUAGUAACACUUAUGUUGCUUAUGGACGGACCGAGGCACCACAACACGUCCCUUCUUAAGCAAAGAAACUGCAAAACCGAAUCUUUUUCCAACCAAAUAUGAUUGCCAACCUCUUGAUCUAGCAACAUGGGCCGUGGAAAUCACCCGUUAAAGCUCAGCAUCAAGAGUUAAGAGUCGUUUUAAAAUCCAGAAAAGCACAGUAAGCUUUGUGACGAAGCUUGUGCAAUUCUGUAAAACUUUUCCUAGCUACCUUUGAUAGUGUGUUUUAGCAGCAAAAUUUUCUUGCAGCCCGAAAUGCUCUUGUAUCAUGAGCUCAUACUGGCUAAUAAACUUGUAGCCAACUUCAAAUGUACGUUCGAUCAGACCAGCCGCUUUUCCAUCAAAUACUUAUUUCUCGAUGUUCAUAUUGCCCCAAACUGUAUUAACAGCAGUUUUCCAACGAAAUAACACUUGGAGUAUUGAAGCGUUGGUAGUCUUGUUAAUAAAAUCCUCAUCUGUAUUAGCAACUAAGAUUUGCCUGUAAAAGAACGUUUUGUAAAUAAAGGGCACGUUUUGUAAAUAAAGGAGACACUGAUGCAAUGAAGCCAAGUGAAGGCCCGUUUGGCUUAGAAGAACUUAGUUACUUCCUAACAGGAUCAUGGCGUCAUCGGGUUUUCUUUCCCCGAGAAACCAAAGGCGAAGAAGCGCUAAGAUCAUGUUAGGUACCAGCUGUUCUCAGACAUCCGAAAGAGACUCGCAUCAAUUAGUGGUGUACUUUUGUAGAGACUGACAGAUGUAUAAACUUCUUAUGAGAAGGGUCCUGUAUCACCUGCUGCAACUUAUUAGGUGAGAAGGAUCAUGCUCGUUUCCAUUUUCUUGUUUAUGUUUUAUAAUUCCUUCCAGGCGGCACAUGGUGUAAUAAAGAAGUGAGUCACAGCCACUGCAGUCACCAGAUUGCCCUCUCACAGACGAGCAAAUGAGUUUACUGAGAUGGGUUGACUUUUUACGUGACCAUGAUAAGAUGCAAACUUUACAUGGAGGUGGUGAGCCAGAAGAGCAUUCCAGACAGAAUGUGAAUAGACAUAUUGCCGACCCGGAUGUGAAAUGGGAUGGCGAAACAGCAUACAGUCCUUUCAAUGAAUGCAGCCCUCAAACAUCAUGUAAAAGGGCGUAUUCUGGGAAUGAUGAUCUGGUUGACAGUGACAGACACUGAAGGAGUCGAUGGACGGGUGAAAAGAUCUCCUUCAUGUUGGAAAUGUGUCCAGAAAGUAGGAUGUAAUUUGUUGUUUAUGAUAUGGCAAAUAUCGGAUAUCAUUGUUUUG